CAAAAUGUGCACUCGGUUGGCGGCGGCAGUCGAAAUUUGGUCUCCUUUCGUUUGAUAAAGCAAGUGCCACAGUUGUUUCCAUUUGUUACAAGAAGUGGGAACAAAAUCACAACAGCAAAAUUAACGGCCCUUUUAUACAAAAUAAUAUUCUAUCUACGGUCAGAAAAAGUGUAUAAUAAUAAAUGCAUCGGGAAAUUCUAACAACGAGUGUUCCAGCAACAAUCCAAACAAGAAACAAAGGAAGCCGGUUGAAAUAAUAAAGGAUUACAAGAGUGUAACUGUGUGCAUCAUGGAAUAGAUCGGUUUGGAAAGCUGUUUCAGUGAUAAUUGCAGUGGUUCCUUGUAAGGCAAUAAAAAGUGUAUUCAAAAAUAAGACAAGUGGCAAAAAGAAGCGUGUAAUGUUUUCUUUUAUGUAUAUGGUGCAAUACAAAUGUGAAGCCUUUUUUAAUUGUAUGGCUAUUCCGUCAAUGAUCUGUUACUGUAAGUUGGGCCUAGAGAAAAUGUCUUGAAUGGAUCAUGUUAGUUACAGUGCUUCAGUUGACAAGUGAAACUAAACGAGCGUCUUUUCUGGUGCUUUUUAUCGAGAUGUUGUCUCGAAAACUUUGACAUGGAAUGUUGAUACUAACAGACGUGCAAUAAAUGCUUCAAUCUCUUGAGUGCGGAUGAGAGAAAUUCCACGACUAUGUGAAACAUAAGAAUAAUGAGUUAAGUGCUAACUUCUUCGUUAGGUUUUAAAUGCAUCGUCAAAAUUGAACUUUCGGAACUAAGAUAUAAUUUCAUUAGAACCUUUAGUUUGAUUAUGUUAUGUGCAAUCGUAAAUAUGUGAUAAAAUUACAAAACAACGUCCGGUCAAUAGUAAUACAAACGAUGCCGAAUUAUGUUCAAUUCUUCAAUUAUGUUGUACUAUAAAUGUGUGUGAUGUUGUAUCGUGCUUCAAAUUGUUCGAUGGUGUGCAAAUAGGGCUAAAAAGUGCAGAUAGAGUAAAAUAUAGUUUUAGAGUGUGUUUGUGCAAAAUUGUGGUACUUAUCGCAGCUAAAAAUUAAAACAAAAUCGGAAAAAGUGAACAAAAUUGCCUUGGAAAUAAAAGGAAAACGUAAACAUGUUUGGCUUCAGCAAUGAAAAACAACAAUCAUAUUGGAAACGAUAAGAAAUUGAUAAAAUUACGAAGCAAAGGAUGUAAUUGCUAUGAAACUCCUUUGCAAAAAAAAUAACUGUAACCCUGCUAACUUAAAUUGAAUCUACGAAGUUUUGGCAAUAGUUCAAUUAUGAUCGAAAAUAUCGUACGAUUUAAAGUUUAUGAAUGAGCACUACCUGGAGAGCAAAAUGAGGCAUUCAGAUAAUAAGGUGACGUGUAAAGGGCGUAGAAUACAAACCAUCAACAGCAAUGCUACGGAUCAAACAUUCAAGUGAAAAAAGGCUUUUAAUGAUUUUUAUAAGGCCAGAAAUAAGUGAUAAGGCAAGGGAGAGGUAUCUGUCAUCGUCCAUCGUGAAAAACAUAGUUCAAGGGAUCUGAAAACAAAUACGCCAAAAAAGCUUGCGAUCAAUCUGGCAUGGAAUAAGAAUUACCACAGCGUCAGAUAUAGUCGAAGAGUUUGCAUUCAAAAUAAUACCAUAAAUGACAGUUUUGACAUUUACACACAGCAGAUAAAAAGAGUACAACCAAACUGGAAACGAUAGGCUUCUAAACAGAAAAAUUAUGAAAGAAUCAUUUGAAAUCAUGCCUGACCAAGAACACUACAGCCUUCGGUGGAACAAUCACCAAAAUCAUAUACUCCGUGCAUUUGACACGUUAUUGCAAACAAAGACGCUCGUUGAUGUAACAUUGGUUUGUGCAGAAACAAGUAUUCGCGCUCAUAAGGUAGUGCUGUCAGCUUGCUCCCCAUUUUUUCAGCGUGUUUUUUCGGAUACCCCCUGUAAACAUCCUGUAAUUGUGUUAAAAGACUUCCGUGGAUGGGUGGUACAGGCAAUAGUAGAUUUUAUGUACCGUGGUGAAAUCAGUGUUCCUCAGGAACGGCUAUCGGUACUAAUACAGGCCGGAGAAUCACUGCAGGUACGUGGACUGGUGGAUCAUCCAGUAGCAGCCAACACCCCAACACCAGCCGAAUCACCUGAAGACUUUAGCUUGCUGGAAGCUUCUCUUAUAUCGCCCACGUCGCCAUCUCUACCCUCACCUAAUUUUCAAACGAAUCAUCAAUCGGGUCAGCUUCGCCACCACUCAACGACUCCCAGCAGUUUGAUAUCCGGGAACGCAUCAAAACUUUUGCUACCGCCGCAAGUGUUUGCUGAUCCUUCGAUCAGCCUCCCCAGUGCACCCGUUGAUCCGUGCACUUCUCCAAUGCCGCGACGUAAACAAGCGCGUCCAAGAAGACGCUCUGGCGACUGUGGACCGCAGGACCUGAGCAGCAAACCCUCAACACCUGUCCCACAAACUUUGGACGACGACGAGACUGAACGCGAUCUGCUUGAUGAACGUCCAGACGAUGAGGAUGAUCUAGAAGAUUUGGAAGACGAUGAUGACGAAGACCUUAAGCGCAUCUUGCACCGUAGCCAAUCGGUCGACGAAAAACUGGCCGCACUAGUGGCAAAUGAAAAUUUACGAACACACUCUUCCAAUAGCUUGACAACAACUCCGAUAACGACGAAUCCAACGAGCAACGAUGAACGACGAUCGCGCUCGUUACACAAAUUAAGUCCUCGCAAAACACCAUCCACCAAUUCCAGUGCGGAACUCCUGAGGGAUGGCGAUCUCGAAACUGACCCGGUAGCAGUAUCGUCUGCUUCUCCACCAGUAUCUGAUGGACCGGAGAAUCUAUGCAUGAAAAAAUCCUCUUCCAGUAGUUCAUGUUUAAUUAGAAAUAGUUCGAGCGGAGGUAGUGAGCAGCACGAGCGAUUAGGACCAAUCGACGCUUCGGACAACAACACAGCCAACGCUGAAACGAGUGAUGGAGCAGCCAUUCGAGACGGUACAGCACGCAUGUCGGAUGGGAGCAAAGAAUCCUCUUCUCUUUCUGACGGCAUCAGUGGACAAUUGAGUAAUCGAGGACUUCUUUCCCUGAAGGAUAUACGGCAUCUGAACCGCGCGGCUUUAAACCGCUCCCUUGGAUCAAUCUCCCCUCCACCUUCUUUCUCAUCGCUAAGCAACAACCUACAUCCGGCUCUGAGUCUUAUGCAUCACCAUCACCAUCAUCAUCAUCAUCAUGGAGAAUCGAAACGUGUGAAGCUCGAAGAUCGUGAGGAUGAGCGCUCGCUGCUGCACGACGACAUGAUGGAACCGCCACACUUUUUGGAUCAUAUGGAUCUAGCACUCAGUACCCAUCAACAUCCGCUAGCACACCACCUUGCCCACCAUCAUCACCUACGCAAUUCUUCCCCUCAUGUAAGACCCCCAAUAGUCGACGCUGGCAUUGACAAUAACGGCAGCAACAAGCAGAAUAAUAGCGGUAUCCCCAGCAAUAACAAUAACGAUAGCGCCGGCACUAACAAUCACAACAGUAUCCUGAACCAGCUCCACAGUAACCCAAAUAACAAGCACCAUCAUCAGUCUGGUGGCCGACCUGGAACUCCCAAGCAUCCAUCUAGUAUAGCAAUCAACAACAACAAUGCCAACAACAGCUCCUCCAGCAACAGUAGCAAAAAUAACGGAGGCAGUAACAGUACCGGUAGCAACAACAAUCUCCACCAUGGUCAUCACCCCCAUCAUCAUCCACACAAUGGUCCAAAAGGAUCUGCUGGAGGGCCGAAAGACUUUCUCCACAGUCCCACCCUUAACUUUCCACCCUUCUUCAAUCAUGCCGAAGGACCACCGAGACCGACCCAUUCGCCACUUCCAUUCCCGCAUAUGCCAUCGGUGUCCUCCCUGACGCUCACUCCACCUCACAUGUUUGGUCUAGAUUCACCGCUAGGACUGUUUCCGCCAGGAAUGGAUCCUGGCAAAAUAUACAGCCCAUUAAUGGAAAUGUCUGAUCCCAGGGGAUUGCAUCAUGAAGGACCUCCGUUCCUCAAGAAGAAAAGUAAGUUGAAUCGACCAAAGGGACAACACUCCGCACCCCGAGGUGGACCACCCCGAUCUUGGACUAACGCAGAGCUCACCGAAGCACUGCAACAUGUGUGGAACAAGAAAAUGACUACGAGUCAGGCGUCGCGUAUCUUUGGCAUUCCUUACAAUUCUCUGCUUAUGUACGUGAGGGGCAAGUAUGGCAAAAGCUUGAAGUUGGAACAACUUCGAAAAGACUGUAUCAGUGGGCCACCGAUUGAACUACUCCAGAUGGGUGUUAGUAAUAGCAAGCAGGACAAAAACAAGGAAAGCAAAGAUUCCGACCUGCGUCACAGUCACCAUUCAGGCAGCGGGGCAGGACGGGAAGGCAACAAUGGCCCCAACGGUGGGGGGCACGGCGGAAAUGGUGGUGGAGGGCCACGAUCAGCUUCAUCCGAGCCCGAUCUCUUGUCCAGCCCAAAUCCAUUGUUUAACCCUUUCCCCGGUGGCUUCUAUCCGGAUUUCCCGGGCGGAUUUCCAGGGCUUCCGCUGAGCAUGCUGAACCUUCUGCCACCAGAACGACACCCAGCACACACGCUGCCGAUGUCCGUUGAUGAGGAUUGUAAAAGUGACCGGUCGAAACAAUCGCUGGACGAUGAUUUUCCGCAACCGCUAGCCCUAAAUCGACCUUCAUCGGAACAGCUGGCAGACAGUCGCCGGGAGAUAUACCAGCAGAAUGGGCAGGAUUAAUAUUUAAGAUUCGUUAGCUCACUCCACUCGCAAACCCACGUCUAAUGAGCCCCAGAUCUCACAAGGCUUGGUGGAAUGGAUAACAGGCUAGCCGCUGCAUCCAUCACGAAGGAUAGUUGUUGUCACCUUAGCAAAAUUAACUGUAUUUAUGUUUCAUCAACUGUUUCUGCUAAUCUGAAAAAACAUACCCUCGUGCGCACGCAAUGUUGUGUUUUGUAUUAUCAUUUACGGAGUGAUAGUCCAUAGAGAAGGAACACGUUUGCAAAAUCAAACAAUCGAGCAGCAAUGUAUUUUAAGAUAUGCUGAAAUGACGAGCCAUGUGUACCAAGAAAUAGGAUGAUUUUGUAUAACAGUCCACCUUUCUUAAUAUGCACGGCAAAAUGGCAUCGCUUCAAGUAGCUCUGGUUGGUAUAUGUUCAGUGCAACCAAUAUCGUUUGGAUUUUAUUAGUAAAAUUGGUUGUCUUAUUUAGUGCAACUGCAAAACAAAAGUUACUGCAAUAUCCGUGUGUAUUCGGGUGCGAUUUAUGUGGCAAUAUUUGAACGAUGUAACUGAACAUAAUGCCUACGUAGUCGGCUCAAAUCUAAGACUGGUCAUUUGCAAUGAAACGUAAGGGGGUGCAAAGAUGAUGGGACGAACAGCACAUAAGUUUUGUAAACAUAAAACAUAAACUACACGUACAAUUUAUUUGUUGGAAGACUUACGUCUGGUUUAUUUUUAUAGCAGUAUUUUAGUUCAAUCUGUACAGCGUGUUCUGGCUAUUUGAAUGUUGUUAAUUUAGCUGUGUAUUCCAUUCUUACGCAAAUUCAUCCACAUCCGCAUGAUAAUUUAUUUGAUAACACCACCAAUUCUGUUGAGACAACGAUACUACAUUUCACCAACACCAUCAUCCAUUUUUUUGUAAAGCAUUUUAGUGGUGAAGAUAGACAGGCGGGGACAGAUCGUUACUUUUUUAAACCACGUGUCAAAUGGUGCAACAGUAAAAUCAGAACCAGAACAAAAACAUAGGACAGAGCAACGACUGCUGUGUUAUCGCAAUGAGGUGGUUGUACAUCAAAUAGAGAAAAUACGUGCUUCCUGAACAGUAAUCUUAAGUUUUGAGUAAGUUUUAAUCAAAGAAACAAUAGAACCAACCAUACUACGAUAUCGAGCAGAAAUUGCACAUAAGUAAUACAUAAUGGCAACAACGCAACACCAGCCCAGACAGCUUCGCUGUCAUGCAUAUUUUGCGAUGCUCUCAUUUAUAUGUUUUGCUAAUGUGGAAGCAGAUUAAAAAAUUAUUCAUAUUUUUAUUAUUUAUACAACACGCUACUAGUUAAGUGAAUAAGUUAUGAAAAGUCGGACGCAAUUAUGAAUGCAAUUUAUUUGGUACAAUGCCUUAUUUUCCGGGGUGUAUUUCUGUAUCUACAUACGUUUAUUGAUUCCUGUUUUGAUUCUAUAUUGUUUUGUUGCAAAUACGUGAUGCUAAAUAGAAAAACAUUGCUUCCUGAUUUCUUUCUGAUUCCUAUUAAGUUAUAACGAUCUUUAAUAUUAUUUAAUUUUAUGUUAUAUCCAGUAGACGAAAGCAAUCGAGAGUAAAUACAUCGAAACAAUGCGUAACUUCAAAGAAGGGCUAAGCAAACCAGAUGAACAAUACAGUAUUAAUAAAUCAGAUAUUAUUAAAAUAGUGAAUCCUUUUCAUUUCGUUCAAUUGUUUAUUUUCGUUUUAUUUUUCUUGGUUUUCAGUAUGAUUUGUUUGUUUGGUAGUAUGAUUUAAACCCUUUUUUGAUUUUCAUCCGUUUUUUUCUAGAUCCGUCAGUUUUCUUACAGUUGCAGUAUGCAGGAUGUACUAGCACACAAGAAAUGAAAAAUCUUAUCCGAAUCGUCACACCUUUGAAAAGCCGAAUCAAAUGCAUCGGCAUGGAAUAAGACUGAAAAUCAUCACACAUUCUUCUUUGGCGUAAUGGUCCUACGCGAUCACGCCGACCUAUACCCAGCGUCCGGGCUUAUAGGAGCCUUCGCUUCUUACAAAUAGACAUCUGAGCCGUGCCUCACCGUGUUACAUAUAAGUUUGAGAUUGUAUGAGGUAGAGUUUGUGUUAUUUUUUUUUCAUUAUUUUGUUAAUUUAUUUUACCGUGCAGGAUUCAUUGUUUUCAGUUAAUACAAAGCAAACCAUAUGUAAUUCACACACACACACACACACACACACACACACACACACACACACACACGAAGCAUUAUAAUGCAUUAAGAGAAUUUAAACUGUUUCAAUUGAUAAAAUAACCAGGUUACAUAUACAAGCUCCACGAAGAAGAGGCGUAGUUACGUUCGAACGUGCAUAAGAAAGUAUCAUGCACGCAUUAUAUUGAAAUGCAGCAAUGGACACACAUACAAGUUCCAAUGUAACAAAUGUACUAAGAAAAAGAUAUUUUUUAGGUUACCUGAAAGCAACCAAUUAACAGUCGAUUCGCACUUUUGUGCGUUCGUACACAUUUGAACUCAUUAGUGACAGAGUUACUAUCGAUGGUUGGUUAAAUAGUUAUGCUUUUAUUUCGAUUUCUUCGUGCAAUAUUGAAAGCAUACUGACGUAUGCGAUUCAGUUUACCUGACAAACUAGCAUGCAAUAGAUAUACAGAACAGAAAGCAAAUAGUCAGCUGAUAUAACUGCAAGCAACCAAAACCAAUAGUUCCUCAAUCAAUAUACAUAUAUACAAUAAAACUGACAACAGUUAUUUGUUGAACAAUAUUACCAAAUAAGUCAACGAAGAAACUCUGAUUCCUCUCAGUGGGCGCCCUCGCUUACACGUAUGGAGGACUUAAUACGAUAGUACGCAAAAUAACUUGUGGAUUAAAAAAAACUAAUAUCAGCAAAAUAAACAUAACACUUCCCACGGGACAAGCCAUGAAAUCAGUUCCUUGCUUGCCUCCCAUAGAAGCUAUUGCAAAAUCGUCAAAUUAAUUCUUUCGACAGUGCAGGUCGAGGGCGUCGGCUGGAAUUGAUACAUUUUUUAUUAUUUACAAGAUAGCACCAACCCUGUUAGAAACAGUUGCAAUAUCCAUAGCUAAGUUAAACAAAAUAAUUUUUACAUUGCCUUUUUACACACUAUCAGAUCAAUCGAGCCAAAUCGGUCGUCUACGAGAAGAAUACAAUUUUUACAAAUAUUUUUAUACAACACACACACACAACAGGUCACAGUACGUAACAAGCUAGACAGAUAGCAGAGAGUAUUUUACAGAGCAAAACGGAUAUGCCACAUUACAAGAAGCAAUAGACACAAACAAACAAAUCAUGAUCAUUGUUAUUGGCACUGUCAAAGACAUACAAUGCAUCGUGAAAGAUCAAUCCAAACAAGAGAAUGACUCUACAACCUAAACUCUAUACUACCAAAGUCAAAUGUAAGGUUGCAGGAUUCUGUACAUGGAACAGCACUACUGGGAAUGUAAAACCAUCCGAGACUGUAAGGCAUAGUAAGGCAUAUGAAAAAAGGAGUCGACAAAGUGUUUUUUUGCAUAACAUAGUAUUGAUGAGAAUCGCCAUCUGAUGUAUUAUUCGAAGGUAGCUGCUUAUUACUGAAUUGCGCAUGUAGUUGACAAAACCGGGAUGACAUUUUGUUUAAUUUUACUCGAUUUCACUCACACAAGAAUACGAACUACAGUUUCAAAAAGGUGUCAAAAUGGUACAGUAGAAACGAUAGACCUAGAAAUUUUGAACACUACACAGAAAGAAUCAUUUCGAAUCAUUGUAAAAAAAUAAAUGUACAAAUGUCAAACCAACACAAAACAACAUGACUUCAAUACAAAGCCACAAUGAGAGGGAAAUGUAUGGAAGUAUACAUAAGGAAUUAUAAAGUUUAUAAGCGUGAAGGGUACAUAACCCUUAAAAAUAACUAAAUGGUAAACGGAAUGGUAAAAUUUAUAGCAUGUACUACUAAAAAUACAGUACGUUCGGGCUAAUCAAACAUUUUAUUUAUCACUUGUGUUUUAAAUGUCAUUCUUGUAGUAAAUAGUAUACGAAGAAUGACGAUGAGGAUAAUUGAUUCCUUGGUGUUCAUAACAAAACGAUGAUCGAAAACGACGAUAAAGCUUAUAAAAAAUCGUGUCGGGUGUACCAACCAAAACACAGCAAAAUGUGAAUCUGUGAAACGAUACAAAACAUGAACAGGAUAAAAUAUUAUGUAAACCAUAUGUACAAAUCAGGAACUCGAACCUAGCAUCACUAAUGCGAGCAUGUGCGUGCGUGUCUGUAGGUGUGUGCCUGAUUAUGAAGUGUGUAGUAUUGUAUGUUAGUUGUUUUUUUUUCUAUUCUAUUCUACCCACACAGUGCCACAACGAUAACGUGAAUCAUACUAUUACUACCAAAUAGCUGCUUAUUAUACUAGUUUUUUAUUUUGCUGCCGAAAGCAUUCAAUUGCAUUUGAUUUAUUCUAUUCUGUUAUGUACCAUUAUACAAUAGACAAUCCGAGAAUCAAACAUGCCUAGUAUUUAUUAUUUAAGCCUACCAUUAGAAUGAUGGAUGAAUAUAUUGUUUCCUUUUGCAAUACCCAAUUCCAUGUUUCAUAUUCUCGUGAUUAAAGCACACGCCCAGAGUUCACGCACAUUCGCAUUGGAGUAGAAACAUAAACGCGAAUAUGCUGUAAAAACCAGACAGCAACCGUUUUAUGCAACAACAAAUGAAUAAGAAACAGGGUAAUUGAAUGAAUUUCAUAUACAUAAACUAAUGUUUGGCAAACCAUUUUAGUGCAACAAUACAAGAAUAGCACGUCUACUAACACGUAAUUGUUGGGGUGGUGGUUGGGCAGGAAAUGAGUAAAUCAAUUUCCAAACUAACUGACUAUCUGAUCUUUACAAGUUGUACAGAAAAUGAUGUUGAUAUGCCAUGACGUUGUUUGCGGGCUUUCAACCAGUGCUCUACUUUUACCACAAUACAUUUACAUUUAAGGCAUAGCAACCAUAGCAACCUGGGUAUAUAUUAAUUGAAUCACGAGGUACUCUUACGCGAUUCAAUUUACCAUCAAAAACAACAACAACAACCAAAACAGCAGAAGAAAAAAACAAUAUUUAUGUCAAUAUGUCUAUGUACAACCAACACGGUAAAUUAAAAAUGAUGAUGUAUCUUGUUAUUUUCUCUCAAGCAUACAAUGUGAUAAGUAUUGUUCUGUCUUCUGUUCAUUAUAAUUGUUCAUUUGUUUCUUAAGAGUUAUGUAUUGCAAUUCAUUUCUAUCGAGUAUCUUACAAAUCUAGCAAUUGUGUAAAUACCUAUGAAAAACAUAAACGAGCAAGACAUUUAGCUCCGGUAAAUUUUGAGAUGUCUCAAGACAACAACAAAAAAGAUAUUUGGAUGUAGAAAGUACGAACUGGCGUUUUCGAGUAUAAUUAUUAUCUUUAUAACACAAAAAAAUCUUAGCAAUGUAGUGGCAGUAAAAGAUGAAACCAAAUCUCUCUAGGAAAAUAACAUCAACUUAACGUUGUUUAGACGAAAAUUAUGAUUGCAAAACGUAAGAAUCGUAAAUAUAAAAUAAAACAACCAAAAACCUAAAUUGUCUACAAGAAUCGAAAAUGUGUGAGUUGUGAAAGAUGAAAUUGAUAAACAAAAUCAUACCGAACGGUUGCAUUAUUUGAUAGCAUUUGUAAAUUAAAACACUGACACAUUCAAACUAGAAUUAAACAAUAUUAUUUGCACCGCAAAACACACUUGUAGUUUGUGAGUACAGUGGUACACCACUUUCAUGCAUUUGGUAUGGUUCGAACGUCUGUAAAGUAAAGAAUGGCCAGUGCGAGUACACAGCAGAUACUAUUACUUUUAGUAUAAUGGCUCGAUUCUCAUACUUUCCGUAACUCUACUGUUCAGUUUAGUUAUCAACUUUAAGACCUUGUUUUGACGAAUCCUAUAUAAACCAUAGGUGGCAAAACGAAUUUCAUUUUACUCUAUUCAAUUUGAGUACAUUUAUUGAAAAGACAGGCAUCGAACAGACUGUUAAAAGUCGCGUAGCAAGGUACAGGAGUUGGGCAAGAAGAUUUGUCAAACACCAAAGCCAACAUUCGCUCCAUCAAGCAGCCGAAAGGAUAGUCCUAAGUAAGUAAAGCUCUCCCGAACGAAAACUGUAUAAAGUAUAUAGGGAAUACUAAAAUGAACAUUAAAACCAAAUUAAGCAUCCGGCUAAAAGAACCAUAUUGAAAAUCUUCGAAAUUGUGAAAAGUGUAAUGAUCAUAUUUGGCACUAAUUGAUAUUUACUGUUAUAAAACAAUAACGAAAAUUAAAUAAAAAAUAAAAACAAUGACUUGAUCAA